AUGCUCGUUACAGAUCCCACAGAGCCGGCCUCGAAUUGGGACUUCGCCCCGGUUUUCGACCUUCUCCGCUCUUCCACUCACAAUGGAAGCUCUGGUGGCCAUCGGCGUAGUGACUCUGACGCCGUAUCCUCACAAGCAGAGAGUCGUCAGCGGCCCGAUGUUCAGACUUCCUCACAGAACUUACCUGGUCUAUCCAGUGGACUCGGGGACUUUGGGUCGCUAUGGGACAUCAUCAACCGGGACUCAAACUCUUUCCGGGCUUUAGAGUCGAGAGAUACGACAAUUCCCGUCCCUACUGGCCAUCAACCACAUGUUCAGCUUCGCCCGGCCAUAACAAUUCUCAAGCGUGGCCAUACCGAUUCCAAUAAAUCCCGCACUUCCUCCACCUCAUCUGCACCCAUACCUGUUCCCGGCACCUCGAAAUACAAUCAUACUCCAAUGGCUGCCACCGGAGCCUCUUCUUUCCCUCGUCUCGCGAUCCCGCCUUUAAUGCCACAAGCUACCCGAGAGACCUCUCUGGAAGAGGUGAAUGGCAUACAGAAAGCGCCUAGGACUCCCAAGACCAGAGGGUUCAAUGUGUCCGGAGGUAGCAAGCUCAAAGAUACACUCGAAACAAUCUCUUCCGAAGGCAGCGCCGAAGUUGAUUCCGAUUCACACCCUACUGUCUUUGACCGACCUUUUUCUCAGAGGCCCAACCACCUACCGUUUACACCAGGCCAAGUGGGCACGCCAGACGCCCGACCUGGCCGCUAUGAGACACCUCCAUCAUCUUUCGACGAGAAAGAGUCAACCUUGAAGUCAGAAACUGUGAAAAAAUUCAUUACAACUUCUGCGGGAAUACGUGUGCUGCCUGUCGACUACAAAACCGCGACAGAGCGCAGAAUCGGGUUAAUGACCAAGCUCCUCAAGGACUUUCCUGGAUACGCCCAGCUCGUAUCACGAGUCGGACGCUCUGCAGAGCCAUCUCAGGAAGAUACCCAGUCACGUCCGAUUCAUGUCUUCGUCGAUAUGUCGAAUAUCAUGGUCGGAUUCCACGAUUCGGUGAAAGUUUCGCGGAAUAUUCCGGUAUCAACUCGCAUCCGCCGCCUCCACAUGUCUUUCGCCAACUUCUCUUUAAUCAUGGAACGAGGCCGUCCCGCCGUGAAGAGAGUUCUUGUUGGGUCAGACCAACUUCCUUCAAUCGACGAAGCCAAAACCCUUGGAUACGAAGCCAAUAUCCUAGAGCGUGUACACAAAGCUAAGCACGCCGCACCUCGGCACUCCAAGUUCCGCAAGGCUCCCGGGAACACAGCCCAUCAGGGAAAUGGCGGACCUGAAAUGGUCAACGCCUCCAACGAGCGAUGGGUCGAGCAGGGCGUGGACGAAAUUCUGCACCUGAAAAUCCUCGAGAGCCUGCUGGACACGGAUGAACCGGCAACUAUCGUUUUAGCCACUGGAGAUGCUGCAGCGGCAGAGUAUUCUGAGGGCUUCAUGCGUAUGGUUGAACGUGCGCUACAGCGCGGGUGGAGUGUGGAAUUGGUGAGCUUUUCGCAGGUCACCAGCUAUUCGUAUCGGAAGAAAGAAUUCCGAGACAAGUGGCGAGAUAGCUUUCAGUUGGUUGAACUCGAUUCAUAUGUGGAGGAACUGUUCGAGUAG